CAUAGCUGUGUGGCUCUACCUGUUAGCCCUCAUGGGCCUGUUCCACCUUGUGCGCUGGUACCAGGAGAGGCAGGUGGUGAGCCACCUCCAAGACAAGUAUGUGUUCAUCACGGGCUGUGACUCGGGCUUCGGGAACCUGCUGGCCAGACAGCUGGACAUGCGAGGCUUGAGGGUGCUGGCUGCGUGUCUGACGGAGAAGGGGGCUGAGCAGCUGAGGAAGCAGACGUCAGAACGGCUGGAGACAGUGAUCCUGGGCGUCACCCAGACAGAGAGCAUCGCUGCAGCUGUCCAGUGGGUAAAGGAGCAUGUGGGGUACAAAAUAUGGCCACAGGAGUCUGUCCAUUAG